AUGUUCCAGGUGAUUGGUCCCUCCAAGCCCAUAGUGGCAGUGUUGGGUGGUGAUGCCAUUCUGCCCUGCUCCCUGUGGCCACCCAUGAAUGCAGAAGACAUGGAACUGUGGUGGUUCCGUUCCACAUUCACAGAAGCAGUGCUCGUCUAUCAGAAUGGUCAGGAGCUGGACAAGGAGCAGCUGCCCCAGUAUGCAGGGCGGACCUCACUGGUGAGGGAUUUCCUCUCUCGGGGUGAGGCUGCUGUGUACAUCCAGAACAUACAGGUUUCAGACAAUGGCAAGUACACUUGCCUCUUCAAGCAAGGAAGACUCUCUAAAGUGGCCAUUUUAGACCUUCAGGUGGCAGGCCUGGGCUCUGCCCCACAAGUGCACAUCGAAGGGCCAGAGACGGAUGGAGUUCGUGUGGUGUGCAAGGCUUCAGGGUGGUUCCCGAAGCCCCAGGUGCAGUGGAGAGAUGUCCGUGGAAAGAAGUUCCUGGAGUUCUCUGAGGCCCACACCCAAGAUGCAGCAGGUCUGUUCAGCGUGGAGGCUGCUCUGGUGGUGAGAGACAGCUCUGCAGGGGAUGUGACCUGCUCCAUCCUCAAUCCCAUCCUGGGUCAGGAGAAGGUCAUGGCCAUUCCCAUCCCAGCCUGGAGGAAGGCGCAGCUGUAUGCUGAUUGGCGGAAAGAAGAGUUCCAGGCCUGGUCUGCAAUUCUGAAUCCAGGCUCUGCCAAGGACAAUGUUACUGUUUCUCCAGGAAGGACCUCUGUGACCUGGAGGAACAAAAAAUUUGCUGAUAUGACGAACUCAAAGAAAUCGGGCUCUGUGUUUGGCCUUGAGGGCAUCACUUCAGGAAGAUGUUACUGGGAGGUGGAGAUCAAGGAUGACAUGAGAAGCUGGUGGUUGGUGGGGGUUACUGGGUCAUAUGUGGAAAGGUCAGUUGAUAUUAGCGCACCACCAGGUAGGACAUCAUGGAUUGUAGGUCGUAGGAAAUCUCGAUAUUUUGCCUUUUCUAUGAAUGAAGCAAGGUUUAUAUCAGUCAGGCAGGAGCCCCGCAAGGUUGGGAUCUUCCUGGACUACAGUGAGGGUGAUAUCUCCUUCUAUAACAUGACUGAUGGGUCCCACAUAGUCUCCUUCCCCCCAGCUGUGUUCUCUGGACCCUUGUACCCAUCCUUCAAGCUUCUUUCAGGAGAUGUGACCCUGAGCAUCUGCUCCCCAUUGGGUCAUCGAUCAGCCACAAGUGACCCCGAAAACCCCAAUAAUGCAUCAGAGACCAAUACCACAAGGAAACAAGACAACACACAGGAUGAAGUUAAACACUUCCAUAGCAAAGACAAAUUAGAAGAAUAUGCCAAGCCUAAACCAAGCUCUAAUUUCUCCUUAGAAGAGUGCUAA